UUCAUUUAAUAUGUGUUUGUGUGAAUUAUGUAUUUUCUUUCAUUCUAUUCAUUCUGGGCAUGGUCUUCAUCCCAACUAUGUUUCAUUGUUAAUACCAGUUUACAGGUUGUUAUCCUUGCUAUUAUCAGUUUGAAUACAUUACAGUUAAGCUCUAAUUUAAUUUAGCCUUUUGUUUAUUUUUUUUAAUUUUUUUUUCUGUCUCUCCCUUUCAUCUGUCUGGGUGGUGGCAGCCACAGUGGUUGCAGCUAAUCAUUCUGUGUCGGGCGUUCUCUGUGUCUUACAGUCACGUGCAAAGUGUCCCUCUUUUCCACACUUCCAGCAUGUAGUACUAAAACCACUGCUUGGUGUGUGUCUAGGCCUGCCUCUACCCCCUGCUCCUGCCCUAUGCAUUCCUCUCCCUGUCUUUUGGCCUCUGAAACCUCCCCUGUAGCCUCCACUGAAAGCUGUGAGAACAGUGUCAGCGUCGAGGGCAAAAACUGAGACCUUCUCUUUCUUUUUCACCACUGUCUGUGCAUGGUUAGCAUAUUGAAGCGCCUUAUCUGCUGUGCCUGUACCUUGCGUUACCCAAUGCUUUUCUACAUGAGACCUAAUGGGUGGUAGUAAUCCUUUAAUGGAAGCGCAUUUAAAUUGUUUUUUCUUUUCCUCUUUCUUUUUCUUGUUUUCAGUUCUCCUUUCAGCUUUGGUUUCCCAUGCUUGGAAAAGUUUAUACUCUUCUUUACGUUUUAAUUUUUUCUUUGGGUCUUUUGUUAAUGUAAUUUCUUGUUUCAGGGCAGCUCUCAGCUGGGUAACAGCUGAGGGAUUGCAUUUCCCUUCCCAGCUGCGGUUUUUAGCUUUUUGUGGAUUUCUCCACCUAUUUGCACUUAUUAUUCCUGCUCCGGCUUGCUGCUUUUCUAACCAUUCCUCAUCAGGUGUUAAUUUUGUUUGUUUAUUCCCCAUUUUCAAAGAUUUUGCUGGGCCGUCACUGGCACGCUUGACUUCAGAGUGGUUGCUGAUACGCCCUUCUACUCCACUUCUAAAAAAUGAAGCGGUAUCAGUUUUACGAGAUAAAACUCAACCGUUCUCCUUUGUUACCAACGACUCACUGGUGGUUCGGAUCGUCAGACUGAAUCCCACCGCCAUGGACCAGACUAUAAACACCGGCCCGAAUCCGAAUUUAACGGUCCGGGUCUUUCGACCUCGUCUAAGAGGGCUGUGCACAGACUUCGGUGCUGGCUUCCCACGGCGUCAGGAAUCAGUGCUGGAUCCUGGAACAGAGUCACAGAUAACAGUUCUGAUGUUUCUGUCCCGGCUACGAAGGACCAAAAUAAAUGUCAAGAGAUUUAUUCUAAAUGACACUUCUUCAGCUGAGAGUCAGAGAGUGGAGACACACACGCUGCAGAUUUUUACUUGCAAGGGCGAUCACAGAACGCUAACAUGUACUUUCUUUAUGUGUUUUUUUUUUUACAAUCUUAUGCUACUUCCAGCUUUUACGCUACUAUGUUUUGCUCUUUUUCCCAUUUAUUUUGAAGUUUUCAUUUUUUAAAUUCUUUUUAGAUUAAUUGCAUUGUUAGAACUCAAACUACCCAACAAUAUAUAACUAAUUAAAAUGAUUAAAGAGCACAGGGCUACACAUGAGCCCGAAAAUGA